AUGUCCACCCGCCACGACAGAUUCCCCGACUACCGCGACGGCGACGUCAAACUCACCCUCACCAGCAGCCGCCGAUACAAACUCCACAGCGGCGUCCUCCGCAACAACUCCCCCGUCAUGCGCGAAAUGCUCGACGAGCGCGACGCCGCCCAGCUCGACCGCAAAGCUCAGAAGAACGGCAUCACGACCCGCUUCAAGCUCGUCCUGGUUGAGAAUCCUCUCUAUACGGAUGGUGAUGAUGAGCUCAGUCGGAUUGAGUUUGUGUUUGAGGCGGUGCCGCUUGGGGCUAAUGGGCAGCCGCUUGGGGCGAAUUUGAGGGGUGUGGGGGAUGGGUUGGAGAAUGGGAGGGUUGUGCCGGAGGUUUUUUUGGCUUAUGAUGCUGUCUUGGGCGCUUUCUACAAUGUGCCGAUCCAGCUUGGUGAUGCUCAGUCUGAUGGCCUCACGCAUCUGCUCUCUAUGGCUCUGCAGAUCACUUCAGUCGCUGAGUACCUUGAUUGCGUCCACAUAAUCACCAAACCAAUCGAAGCCACCCUCCUCGCAACCGGCCAACACCUCCUCAAAGCCAUCGCCAACAACCCCACAGCCUGGCUCUCCUUCGCCCACCGCAUCCGCUCCAAAUCCAUCUUCCGCGAAUCCCUCAUCCACGCCUCCGGCCAAUACAUGUACCCGAGCGUGCAAACCUCCAUCACCUCCGGCGAGCUCCCCGACGAAGUCGUCUCCCUCCUCAAGCAGAAAGCCGCAACCAUCAUCGACGGCGUCCGCACCUGCGAGCGCCACCUGGCAUCCUACUACCCCACCAUCCUCAUGCGCGAGAAAACCGUCGGCCGCGUGGAUCGCGACAACAUCGGUCGCGCAAACUACGCCAACGACAUCAUCAUGUGGAUCGCCCUGUGCAUCUUCCGGCACUGGGCCUCGGACAUGAUGGCGUCGGAUCAAACGCACCACGCCAAAGAUAUGGGCUUCGCGUUCAUCCACGCAGUCGCUCGCGGUGGGGACGCGUACCUGGCCAAGAGUGUCCUGCACGAGCAGUUCCAUCUCAGAUUCCCGAUGAGUCCCAAGGGGAUGGCGUGUACGGAGCAUCGGCUGGCGGAGAUUAAGGAGGUGGUGAAGCAGUGGACUGUGCCGUUGAUGCGGAAUGAGAGUCAUCUGGAUCGGAAGGCGAAUCCGCAGAAGCAUUUUUUGUUUACGGUUGUGAGGCAGGGGGAUUAUCCGUGGGGUGGGGAGGGGGAGGGGGGGUUUGAGGAGGAGGAUGAGUUUUAG